AUGGAUUCCAAGUCUCCAAUUCGUCGACGACCACUUCGGGGCAGGACUGCCACAGCUUGCUUGGAAUGUCAACGGAGGAAGAAGAAAUGUAACCGUCAAUGGCCGUGUGAUCAUUGUCAAGAUCGAAAAAUCUCUCACCUAUGCGAGUUUGGACCACCCAAGGGGGCAAGUUCAGAUCCUGAUGAAAAUAGGCAUCUAGUGGAGUCAGAAGCAAGCUCAAUGAACGAUUCUCGACGAACAAUCGAGCCUCCGGUGUCUGAGAUCCAGAAUCCUUUGUCUCUGGAAGAUUGCUGCUUGGCUGUAAAUGAGUUGUCAUAUGUGGAUAGUGAUAUUUUCAGAGUGCUUCAGGCAACUGAAAUUAACACGGAGAGCCAGAUCCAACCCACUACCGAACCGACGAAAGCGCUAUCAGUUCCAAACCAUGUUUUGCAAGCUAUAAGAACUGUUCCCCCACGCCCGUAUACUGACGCUUUGGUGAAGAACUUCUUCAAUCUUGUUAAUUACCACUAUUGCAUUCUCCAUCAACCGCAUUUCAUGACCCAGUACACGAAGUGGUGGUCAACAAGACCUGAGCUUAGAGGCUCGCCUAGCUGUUCUGACAUUUCUUUCACUUGCCUGGUUCUUCGAAUAUGCAGCAAUUCGACCCAGUUUCUUACGCCUUCAGAUCUCCAUCGGUUUGAAUCUGAACUUGGAGAGUCUUUGUCGGUUUUGGGGGCGAAUUACAAUACCGCGGCCCAAACUCUGAGCGAUUACCUGCCUUCUGGGAGUGGGGGUUUGUCAAAUGCUCAACAACUCUUCCUAGCAGCUACUUGGUCUAAAGCAGAAGGUGACUUUGUCUCUUCGUGGCAUCAAUUGGCUGCUGCGGUAAGACAUGCUCAAGAAAUAGGCAUUCAUAAUGAUUCAUCGUCAGCCGACAUGACAGACUUGGAGAGAGAACUUCGCAGACGACUUUGGUGUUCUGUGUGGACCUGGGAUAGAUUCAUGGUCGGUAUUUUCAACCGGGCCUCAAUUAUCCAAUCAAACGAGCCUGUUCCCUUGCCCAACCCGAAGUUGGAUCAGACACGGGACGAUCCGGAGAUACCGUCAAUUGUGUUGACCAAGGUUCUUGAGAAUCAACUAACUAGACAAUUGUAUGAUGAUAGCCAUAAGGAUGCUGACUUGGAUACCAAACUGGCCUUGGUUGAGAACUUUAUGGAUAGACUUCCUAGUGUUUUCCGGCUUAACGGCGCCGAUGUACGAUGGGAUACAAAACAUCCCAGACUCGUCGCCCAACGCCUACAACUACAUACAACUUGCUAUAUGGCUCAGAUGAUACUGCUCAGGCCAACAGUUCUGGAUCUCGAAAGAUGUGACCCGAACAGGCUCUCUCAUACAAUCGACCUCAGCCUGAAGUGUAUGGAAGUCAGCCGAAAGUUAUUCGAUGCUUGCGUCCCACAGCACGCAAAGUACUUUAUGGUUACAUUCGCCCCUUUUGAUAAUGCAUCCUUUCUUGCUUCCAUUGUCAUCAAAGCCGGUGGAAAACGUCAAGUGCCCAAACGUUCAAAGGUUCUAGCAGCAAUUGGGCAAGCAAUCUACAUGUGCAAUAAGCUACGCGAAUUCACAAAGCUAGGGGCAACAACAUGGACAAUUCUAAUGGCCCUGGCUUCGAAAUUCAUACUCGAUGCGUCUGAGAGAACCAUCUUUGAGCAGAUAAGACGAAUAGGAGACGAAUCGGGUCCAACAGAAAGACCGUUUCUUGAGCCUGGGAUGGGACAUGAUGAGCCUCUCAUCCGCCAGCCUGAUAGUAUCUCCAAUUUGGUUGAUAUAUCUGAGACUGAUUGGGGAAUGUGGGGAGCAUCAGAACCGUCGGCGCAGGUUGACCUCGGUAUCCUUGACGGGAUGUGGGAUUGGAACGGUCUUGGUUUAGGGGACAUGGGUUCCGGCUAG